AUGGCGUCUCUGUUGAUAGUUAUUAAAAGUGCCCGUAUUUUUUUAUGGAGACAAAGACUCUCACAACAUAAAAGUCACAGUCUACAAAAUAUAUAUCUUCAUGGUCCUUGUAUGAGUGGUUACCUUGAAUCUACUCAAUUUGAUAUAACAUUUUGUUUUAGCUGCAAAUAUUGGCCAAGUACUACAGAAAACUGGAUAAAAAGAUGCCUUAGGCAUAUAUGGCCCCCUGCAAGUGUGCUUAAAGAGAUUCUAAACAAUGGUUAUCACUGUGUGACUAUUGGGAGUAAAUGUACUACCAGUAGAAAUGAUUUAGAGUGGAGAUUGUCUUUUUCUCUAGCCGAGCAAAAACUAGUGUACACUAUGAAUCAUACCCAAUUUAUAUGCUAUGGUCUUCUUAAAAUAUUUCUCACUGAAGUAAUUAAUAAGAACGCAGAAGAACCAUUACUGUGUUCUUACUUCAUGAAGACUACAAUGUUUUGGUUAAUGCAAGUUGGACAUGUAAACUGGAGUCCUAAAUAUCUACUGAAAUGCUUUUGGCUGUGUUUAAAAUAUCUCUCUCUCUCUGUGUAUCGUGGGAAAUUUGCUAACUUUUUUAUUCCGCAGAAUAAUAUGUUUUUGAAUAAAAUUGUCGGUGCUGCGCGUGAAUCCCUUCUAGAACAACUUGAUCAGUACUACAGAUUAGGCGUGUCCUGCUUACUCCUAAGUCCGACAAUCAGAUCUAUCCUUGAACCAGCCCUUUACGAUCUAUCAUUGGUGAUCCCCUCAUCAGAAGGACAUUGUAACGACAUUGCAUGUAAUGAUCGUUGUAUCUUAAUUGAAAUUUGGAAAUUAACAUUAGAACAGUCCGCCGCAAUUCAGCAUUCACUUCAUUUACAUAUUCCACCAUUUGUAAUAGUAGAAAUGUUGUCAGUGUUAUCUCACUAUAGACUAGGUAAUAGAUCUCAGUGUUUACAGUCACUGACAGACCUACAGACACUGCUGCUCUAUGAUGAUGGAUCAUACGUUCCCUUCCGUCGCAGAGACAUAUCCUGGCAGAUACUAGGAAUCUGUCAGCAUGUUGUGGGAGACUUUCACGGAGCGUUACGGUCUUAUCAAGAGUCGCUUAAACAGGAUCCAUCUCAUAAAUUGCAGAAAGCUACAAAACUUAGAAUAGACUGUAUACAAAAUGAGUUAUGUAGAAGAACAAUUGAAUGA